AAACACGUCCCUAAAUGACAACCCCAAACAAGACGGUGACGACGGCACGUCCUUCCUGGGCCCAGACGGAUUCCCCUUCUUCUUUCCUCUGAAAGCCAUGGAGGGAGACGGCGAGGUGAUCAUCAGUCCGGUCCAGAACUGCAGCCACUGCGAGAGCGGCGAAUGCCACGGGCUCAACGACGACCUCAUCUGCUACUGCGAGGGAGACCUGGUCUUGGAUGAAGAUGGAGUUUCCUGCAUCAACGUCACAGAUCCGUCCCCGCAGUCUCCACAGCCAUCUCUCUCCCACUUGGCGCUUGGUCUGUCUGUGGGCACUUCGGCCCUCAUCGCAGCGCUGCUGCUGGUCGUGUCUGGGGUCAUGAUAAUGUACAGGCGUAAACACACGGAGCUGCAGUCCAUCCAGCUGGAGCUGCAGAGCCCCGACUGCAAGCUCAGUAAGCUGCGGGCCUCCACCAUCAUGACGGACUACAACCCCAACUACUGCUUCGCCGGCAAGACGGCGUCAGUCAACGACCUGAAGGAAGUGCCGCGCCGCAACAUUUCUCUCACCAGGGGUCUGGGUCACGGUGCUUUCGGUGAGGUGUACGAGGGCCUGGCGGUCGGGAUUCCAGGGGAGCCCAGUCCACUGCAGGUGGCAGUAAAGACACUUCCUGAGGUUUGCUCUGAACAAGACGAGCUGGACUUCCUCAUGGAGGCUCUCAUCAUCAGCAAGUUCAGCCACCAGAACAUCGUCCGCUGCAUCGGAGUGAGUCUGCAGGCCAUGCCCCGGUUCAUCCUGCUGGAGCUGAUGGCCGGAGGAGACCUGAAGACCUUCCUGAGGGAGACCAGGCCCCGGCUGGAGCAACCAUCCAGCCUGACCAUGGUGGACCUUCUCAACGUGGCCAGAGACAUCGCUAAGGGAUGCCAGUAUCUGGAGGAGAACCAGUUUAUACACAGGGACAUCGCGGCUCGGAACUGCCUUCUGACCUGCAAAGGAUCGGGCCGCGUGGCCAAGAUUGGAGACUUUGGCAUGGCCCGAGACAUUUACAGGGCCAGUUAUUACAGGAAGGGAGGGCGCGCCAUGUUGCCCGUGAAGUGGAUGCCACCCGAAGCCUUUAUGGAGGGAAUCUUCACAUCCAAAACAGACACAUGGUCGUUCGGGGUUCUGUUGUGGGAGAUCUUCUCCCUGGGUUACAUGCCGUACCCGAGCCGCAGCAACCAGGAGGUGCUGGAGUUCGUCACCAACGGUGGGAGAAUGGACCCGCCCAAAAACUGUCCGGGGCCGGUGUAUCGCAUAAUGACUCAGAGUUGGCAGCACCAGCCUGAAGACAGGCCAAACUUCUCAACUAUUCUGGAGAGGAUUGAUUACUGCUUACAGGACCCUGAUGUGGUGAACACGCCUCUGCCGGUGGAGUACGGACCCGUCCCCGAGGAGGAGGAGCGCGUCCCUGUCCGCUCUGACGACCCAUCGGCCCAGACCGUGCUGGUAAACGCCCGCCUGCCCGACGGAGAGGCUCCUCAGCCGCUGCCGUCGUAUCCCACGGAGGAGAGGAGAGGGGACGUCGCCGUGGUGACCAACACGUCCUCAGAGGCCAAAGCGCAGACGCCGGCUCCGUCCCAGCCGUGCCUCCACCAGCACCAGCAGCCUCACGCGCAGACCUCCGUCUCCAUGACGACCGCCAACGCCGCCGUCGUCGCCGCGGCGGCCCCCUCCACUCUCACCGCCCUCACCGCCAAAGGACUCCACAUGGCCGCCCAGCCCAGCUCGGAGGGGGGGCACGUCAACCACGCGUUCGCCCAGGGCCACCCGCAGGAGAAGGACGGCCAGGGCGACAAGAGCACCAGCCUGUGGAACCCGACCGGCGCCAGGGUGCCCGGGGAGGGGCAGGAGCAUGUGAGCAGGACUGUGGCCGAGGUGGCGGGGGCCCUGGGCCUCCAGCACCAGCACAAGCAGUUCCAGCAGCAGCUGCAGCAGCAGCACCAGAUGCAGCUGCUGCACCAGCAGCACCAGCAGCAGCAGGGCCUGUGCCGGCCCCAGCUACCUCCACCCCCCCCUCCCGCCGCACAGUCCCCCCUGCUCCUGGAUUCGGCCACCUUGCCCCCGGUCCCGCUCUACAGACUGAGGCGUUUUCCAUGUGGGAACAUUGGCUACGGUUACCAGGAGCAGGGCCUGUCCUACGAACCCCCGCACGCCAACAUCCCCCCACCACAGGCGGGCCCCGCCAUGCCCUCCUCCUCGUUGGCGGCCCACCAACGGGGGACCUCGGCCCCCCCGCCCAUGCCCCUGGGCCGCGGUAUGUCCGAGGAUAGCCGGCCUUUACUGGUUACUAUGGGGACAGUGCAGGACCCGCGGCUGCCCCGGAUGGAGGGCCACAACGCCACCGUGCUCUAGCCCGCACACCCGGACUCUAUGGAGCCAAAU